AUGCUGCAUGCUAACAGUGAUCUCCCAUUUAUGCUUCACAUGGCUAUGUUUUCUGUCACUUCGGAUGAAGGCCUUCGAAACUACCAACUUGUGGCCUGGAUUGCUUUCUUCCUUUCCCAGAAUUCAGGUUUGUUCCUUUAAGAAAAUUUUCUUAGUAUUAUUAGACCUAAUCACCAAAUUAAUUUAAACUCUGUUGAAUAACUUUUAUUAGAGUCCAUUUAAUGUUACAAUUGGAACAUGUUAUUUUUUUUUAAUUUAAUAUCCCCCGUGGGGGGGGGUUGUUGUGUUAAGAUUUGAUGGUUUUAUUUUUUCAUUUAGCAUUCACUUAAUUGUCUCAAAAUUAUUGCUGUUUGCAUCCCUUCAAAAAAAGAGAAAAAACGAAAGCAGGUUGGAAUGUUCAAAAGUUCGGUCCACCUGCCGACCAAGACUCUGCUAUCUGCUUGCCUGCAGAACAUCAACAGACUUACUGUACACCUUUUUAAAUAGUAGGUUGGCCUUCAUUAUUAAUUGAUCAGUUAAUGCAGACUUAAUUACUUUUGCAUUAUAAAUCAUUUGAAUGAUUAUUUUAUUUUGUCAUAUUUUCCUAUUUCGUGCUGCCCAUUUGUUUAAAGUAACCAAGCAUCUUGCUCUGCAGUGUAAUUAAUUUGAUCAGCAAUAGUUCCUAGAGCAUCAGUGCCCAGAGCUUUAUAGUUUCACCUUCAUACAUUAUUUGUAAUGACAAGAGUGCACACUGGAAUAUAUAUAUAAAAAAAGCUCACUUGAAUAUACAUAUAUAUAUAUAUAUAUAUAUAUAAAAACACAAUUAUUUUCUAAUUACUAAAUUUUAUUUCAAACUCACUGCAGAUCAAAGCACUCACACCAUUUUUCAGACCACUAUCCUAGAGAGGUGUUUUAAAAUAAAACAUGCUCAUGUGAAAUUAAUUGCAUCCAAUAUUCUUUUUUUGCCCUAUCAGCUAAAUAGUUUGUUGAUUUAGUGUGUUAUUUUUUAAAAUGUCUUGGAGUCUUUCGAAUUCUCUACAGUCUACUGUUAAUUAAAUAAACCAAAUAAAGCCUGAAGUGAAUGUAAAUUACUUGUAAAAAAUACCAAAGGAUAACUUGAUAAAGUUUUGUUCUUUUAAUGAGCAAAAACGGAACUGUACCUUGUUAUGUUAUCUUUUAAAUAGUUUUAUGCAUUUCUUUUCAUUGUGAACAAACUUUUUUUUUUAUAGCUUAGCUGAUAAGGAAAGUCUUGGUGAUGAAUGCUACCUCAAAGUAAGAGAGCUGUUAAAUCUUGAAACAAAAGUUGCCCAAGGUGCGACUUCAAAUGAUGACUCGGACACAGAUACA